CACGUGAAGCAUAGACUUCUAUACAACCAGAGGAGUCGCCCCCUGGUGGUCAGGAGAGAGAAUGCAGCGUAAACACAUGAAGCAUAGACUUCUAUACAACCAGAGGAGUCUCCCCCUGGUGGUCAGGAGAGAGAAUGCAGCUUUAACACGUGAAGCAUAUACUUCUAUACAACCAGAGGAGUCUCCCCCUGGUGGUCAGGAGAGAGAAUGCAGCUUUAACACGUGAAGCAUAAACUUCUAUACAACCAGAGGAGUCGCCCCCUGGUGGUCAGGAGAGAGAAUGCAGCUUUAACACAUGAAGCAUGGACUUCUAUACAACCAGAGGACUCGCCCCCUGGUGGUCAGGAGAGAGAAUGCAGCUUUAACACAUGAAGCAUAGACUUCUAUACAACCAGAGGAGUCGCCCCCUGGUGGUCAGGAGAGAGAAUGCAGCUUUAACACAUGAAGCAUGGACUUCUAUACAACCAGAGGACUCGCCCCCUGGUGGUCAGGAGAGAGAAUGCAGCUUUAACACAUGAAGCAUAGACUUCUAUACAACCAGAGGAGUCGCCCCUAGUGGUCAGGAGAGAGAAUGCAGCUUUAACACAUGAAGCAUAGACUUCUAUACAACCAGAGGAGUCGCCCCCUGGUGGUGAGGAGAGAGAAUGCAGCUUUAACACAUGAAGCAUGGACUUCUAUACAACCAGAGGAGUCGCCCCCUGGUGGUCAGGAGAGAGAAUGCGGCUUUAACACGUGAAUCAUAGACUUCUAUACAACCAGAGGAGUCGCCCCCUGGUGGUCAGAAGAGAGAAUGCAGCUUUAACACAUGAAGCAUAGACUUCUAUACAACCAGAGGAGUCGCCCCCUGGUGGUCAGGAGAGAGAAUGCAGCUUUAACACAUGAAGCAUAGACUUCUAUACAACCAGAGGAGUGCACACUUUAAAGAACCAGUGUUGUCUCUUUAAAACUCUUCAGUUCUUGGUGUUUUUUAACUUGACAGCAUAUUCCCAAACUCAAUUUAAACUCCAGAGUUUAAGAUCAAAGGAUGAAGAUGAACCGACAGACGGAGAGAGAGAGACACACAGAGAGAGAGAGAGAAAGACAGAGAGAGUCGCCUUUCAUCGGUUAAAACGUCCACGACUAAUCACAUCCAACUCGUCUCUCAGGGAGGUGAGCGUGGGAACCAGAGGGAAGGAAGUUCUGAGCUCCUGCAGUAAACUAAUACGUCACCGUGAAUGUCAAAGUAUUGAUUCAGUAAAAUGUUCCAUGUCAGUGUUUUAUUAUUAUGACCGAAGUGUUGGAUUAAUGUCACUGCAACACAAAGGAAGUGUAGUACAAAUAACAAUAUUUACCUUUUGAGAUGUAGAGGAGAAGAAAAGUAAAGUACAAGAAGUAACAAUUUGGACUGAGUACUAUUAUAUUUAUAUUUAAUAAUGAAUUAGGUUUUAAUUAUUAGUAUUAUGUACUUAGUUACACACCUUUGCACAAUCUACUAUUUUUAAAUCAUGUAUUUUCCUAUUGUAUGAUGUUUAUUGAACACCAAGUCAAAUUCCUUGUGUGUGUGACGUCCUUGGCAAUAAACCGUUAUUAAUAAUAACAGUUCUGAGAGAAAAUAUUUUCUUAUAUUUUAUUCAAAUAUUAAAACAAACCAACAUCCAAACCUGUGUGGAAAUGCAACAGGAUGCAUAAUCUUAAAUACAUUUUUAUUUAACUGAUUCACCACAAAAAGGAAGUCAAACAAACGCACAUCCUCCUCACAGCCUCUUUGGAAUUCAGUUUCUCGCCACUAAAUUAAGGGACUCUUCUUGCAAUUAGACGAUCUUUGAAGUUCGGUUUCUCUCCGCUGAGCUGAGGGACUCCUCUUGACAUGAGACGAUCUUUGGAGUUCUGCUUUUCUCGCCUCCGCGUAUUUGAUGAUCCUUUGAGUUCGGUUUCUCUCUGCUGAGUGACUCAUUAAAUUAUUUGACGAUCUUUGGAGUUCCGCUUCUCUCUUCUGAGCCGAGUGACUAAUCCUAACAUGUGACGAUCUUUGGAGUUCAGUUUCUCUCCGCUAAGUGACUCUUUAGUUAUUAGAUGAUCUUUGGAGUUCGGUUUCACUCAACUCAAUUUAUUAGAUCAGGGGUUCCCAAACUUUUUAGACCACGCACCCCCUUCUACAUCCCGACCGGGUUCACGCACCCCCAAUCCCCCACACCUUAAAAAAAACGCAACAGAAUGCAAGAGUUGUUGACGGGGGGGGGGGCGUUAUGGGAGCGGCGGCGCUGGGUUUAGCCCAGAGGAGUGAAGCAGCGAAAUUUGUAGACAUAGAAACACUCUCAGACAGAAGCUUGCUGUUACGUGCGCCUGCUGCCAGUCUGACUCCGCUGCUUUGGGUGAAUGACGUCACGUGCGACCUGGAGGUGUUAACCACUUGUGUGCCAAAUCUUUUAUUUUUAUUUUUUUAAUUAACAUUCGGGGCUAAUUAAAAAACAUCCGGGGCUUUAGCCCCGGGUUUUUUAGCCUAGGGACGCCACUGGUUAAGACCGAAAUGACACUUGAGAGCCCUGAGAAUGUUUAAUAUUAAUUAUUACACCAUUAGACCACCAUUAAAUUUUUCCUCUCGCGCACCCCCUAGAGGCAGCUCGCGCACCCCCAGGGGUGCGCGCACCACACUUUGGGAAUCCCUGUAUUAGAUGAUCUUUGGAGUUCGUUGUUUUUCUUCCGCUGAGUGACUCCUCUUUACACUUGACGAUCUUUGGCGUUCAGUUUCUUCAGCUGAGCUGAGUGAGAUAUCUCGCAAAGAGACGAUCUUCGCAGUGCCGGUCCUCUUCCCUCUGGUGACCCCGGGUAAUGAACCAGCUUUCGGCCGUAAAUCCUCCGUUUAACCGGCUUGUGGUUCUUCCUCCUCAGCUUUAACCCUCGGAUAUAUAUAUUUAUACCGUUUGUAUUAUAUAUUAACGUGUGCGGGACUGCGGACAUGUUCUGAGCUCUGCCUGUGUGAGCGAUGCCCGUCUCGCGCCCCGACGGGUCCGGACCGGCGGGGGUUCUGUCGGCUCUCCGUCCCGGAGGAUGCAGCUCCGCGGUCCGGUCCUCGUGCUCUGCGCACUGGCUGUGCUGGUGAGCUGCAGCGGGCCGUGCCGGCACCGAGCCCCGCCCCCCGGAGAGGUCGUGCAUCACGUGCACCUGAAGCCAGAGCGGCUGACGAAGAGGAGCUCGCCUGACGACCUCCGGCUGAAGAUCAAGGUCAUCUACGACUACAGCGUGGACCGGCUCCCUGCAGACCAGAGGAGGCUGGUGAAGGAGAAGCUGUUUCCUCCGGCCAUCGACUACCUCCAGCAGGUGCUCAGCGUGCGGCGUCGGUCGGGUCCAGUGCUGCUCAGCAGACAAUGUGCCACCAACCAGUACCUGAGGAAGAGAGAUGACCCCCACCGCUACUGCCAGGACGCCUGUGCGGACGUCACCCGGUGCGGCCCCGUCGUCGUGCCACAGCACCACCUGCAGCAAUGUAAGGUGUGCAGUGAAUCGGGGAAGUCCUGCGGCCCCCUGGGGGCCCCCGACGGCCCCGGGGUGGAAGGGGCCGACUUCGUGCUCUACGUCAGCGGCGUCACCACGGAGCGCUGCGGCCAGGAGAACAUCGUGGCCUACGCUGCCUACUGCCAGCUGGAGGCGGAGCUGGACAGGCCGAUAGCAGGCUACGCCAACCUGUGUCCCGCCAUGAUCUCCUCUCAGCCGCAGGAGUUGGAGGGGAUGCUCUCCACCGUGAAGCACGAGAUCAUCCACGCUCUGGGGUUCUCUGCCGGUCUGUUUGCCUUCUACCACGAUGACGAGGGUAAACCUCUGACUCCUCGCUUCGCCAGCGGUCUGCCCGCCUUCAACGAGAGUCUGGGUCUGUACCAGUGGAGCGAGGCUGUGAUCAGGAGGGUCAGCCGGCUGUGGGACAUCAGAGGAGGAGAGAUGGUCCGGCACCAGGUCCACGUCCUGGUCACGCCCCGAGUCGUGGAGGAGGCGAGGAGACACUUCAACUGCCCCAUCCUGGAGGGCAUGGAGCUGGAGAACCAGGGAGGAACCGGGACGGAGCUCAACCACUGGGAGAAGAGACUCCUGGAGAACGAGGCCAUGACGGGUUCCCACACCCAGAACCGGGUGUUCUCCCGCCUGACUCUGGCCCUGCUGGAGGACAGCGGGUGGUACCGGGCCGACUACAGCCGGGCCCAGAGGCUGGACUGGGGCCGCGGGCUGGGCUGCGACUUCGUGAUGAAGAGCUGCAAGUUCUGGAUGGACCGGCAGAGACAGAGUCGUCACCCGGUGACCCCGUACUGUGACACCUUGAGGGCGUCUCCUCUGCAGCUCACCUGCAGACAGGACCAGCUCGCCGUGGCCGUCUGCAACCUGCAGAAGCACCAGCAGGAGCUGCCGCUGGAGUACCAGUACUUCGAGGCGAUCCCAGACGUGUCCCCGGACCAGCUGCCGAUGUUCGGCGGCGCCGUGGAGAUCGCCGACUUCUGUCCGUUCAGUCAGGAGUUCAGCUGGCACCUGAGCGGAGAGUACCAGAGGAACUCCCACUGCAGGGUGCCGGAGAACCAGCCAGACUGGGGGAGGAACUACGGGGCGGAGCGGUACGGACCGGACUCUGCGUGUGUGACCCAGAAGUCGGCCUUCGUCAUGGAGCAGUGCAGCAGGAAGAUGACGUACCCGGAUUGGGGCGCCGGCUGCUACCAGGUGCGCUGCUCGGCGCGCGGCCUGGCGGUGCUGGUCCAGGGUCAGUCCUUCCCGUGUGCGCGUGAAGGCCAGCAGCUGAGCGUCAGCGUGCGGCUCAACGACUGGGUCUACAACGGCGUGCUGCUGUGCCCCGCAUGCCCCGCCUUCUGCGACCGCUGCCCCCUCCCCCACCAGCUCCCGCCUGGCAACGCCUCCAGGAGCAACCCCAUUGACCCCUGCUCCAGCUCUCCCGGUCUGGCCGUCACUCUGUGGCUCCUGAUGCUCAACCUGCUCCCCCUAGUGGCCGGACUGCUGCUCUGCCACUGCAGCUGAUGAAGACACACACGCACACACACACACACACACACACACACACACACACACACACACACUCGUGUGGAUCUUUCCUCUGAGUCAGAUCCUGUUUUCUGGACCCGGUCUUUCUAUUGGCUGUUGGCUCAGCUGCUCUUCAUCAGUCUCUGAUGAUGACGAUGAUGAAGAUCCGCCUCCUGGUGCUCCGGAAAGUUCAGUUUUAAAGUUUUUAAACUCUUUUUUUAUCCUCUGAAUCGUUCCAACCAGAGAACCUGUGAUGUACAUAUGAACCCCAAGAAGCACUUCCUGUUUCUAGAAGUUUAAAUGUGUUAUUGUUGUUAUUAUUGUGAUUAUGUGAUGUCACAGUUUAGUUUCCCACCUGACAGCAGACGUCCUGGAGGUCAGAGGUCAACCGACCAAUCGUGAGGAUUCAGGACUGUUAACAACCGUUUUAUUGGUCGUCCUGUUGUUUAAACCAAUGGGAGCAGAGUAAAGCAGUGCAUCAUGGGGGAUGGGUUAUAAAGCAGUGCAUCAUGGGGGAUAAUUUGUAAAGCAGUGCAUCAUGGGGGAUUGUUUGUAAAGCAGUGCAUCAUGGGGGAUUGUUUGUAAAGCAGUGAACUAUUGUGACUUCAGAGGAUCUGGUUGACCUUUGACCUCUAGUGCUGACCUCAGAUGAUCUGGUUGACCUUUGACCUCUAGUGCUGACCUCAGGAACAAGCUGCUGCUCAUGAAACUUCUUCUGUUCUUUGUUACUUCCUGUUGACCUGCUGUGUGAUUUUAUUUUAUUUAUAUUAAGUUGAACAAACUGCAGCUUGUUUGCAGAUGAGAUGUGAUUGGUUAUGAUUGUUUAUGAUCAUUAUUAUCUUUAAGAUGUUUACUCAUGAGGAAUCUGAUUGGAGGGUUUUGUUGGAAGAAGAAACAUCAGAUCUGUUUAGAUAUUUAUUAUUAUUUUAAAUCUGAGACGUUUGUCCCUCAGAAUAAAUGCCGUGUCCCGGA